AUGCCUGUUAUUGCUGUGGCUGGUGGUAGUGGUGGAGUAGGGAAAACCAUUGUCGAAAAAUUACUCGAAGAAUCGAAAUUCGACGUGGUCGUGUUGUCUCGCGUGAGACAGGACCAGGAUCUGCAGAAGGUUCAGGCUGUGCAGCUUGACUACAAUGAUGUCCACUCAAUGACUCAGGCGCUUGAGCAACACAACAUCCAUACCAUCAUUUCUGCGAUUGGCUUGGUUUCGGACGAGACGAGUCAGUCCCAGUUGAACUUGAUCGAAGCGGCGGACAAGUCAAAAACAACGAAGAGAUUUGUCCCAAGCGAAUACUCAUUUAUCCAAACGGCCAAUUUGCUUGACAUUGAUCCUAGUAUUCAGUGGUGGCUUGAUGCGGCAACUAGUCUCAAGACCAGCAGCCUGGAAUAUACCAGGGUGAUCCCUGGCUUUUUCAUGGACUACUGGGGAAUGCCACAUGUACAAACUCAUUUGCACCCAUUCAGCUUUGGGAUCGAUAUAUCCACUGCGACGGCGGCUAUUCCAGGAGAUGGUAAUAAUGUGAUAUGUAUGACUUAUACAUAUGACAUGGCUGCUUAUCUGGUCAAGGCACUUGAUCUCAAGGAAUGGCCUGAGUUCAGUAUCAUUGUUGGGGAUAAAAUUACCUACAACCAGGUUCUGAGCAUGGCCGAGGAAUUUACAGGCAAGAAAUUUAGUGUCACGUACGACAACGUAGACAAGAUCAAGUCUGGAGAUGUCACGGUUCCUGUGCAGCCAGAAGGAGUGGACUAUUCCACGGACGAGCUCAAGGAGACCACCGCAUUAGUGAGCAGACUUACUAUAAACAACGUGUUCCAACUGCCGGGGAACCGACUCAACGCCCAAUUCCCCGAGAUCAAGCCAAUCAAGAUGCGCGAGUUCUUGCACAAGGCGUGGAAGCAAAACAGUGUAUAA